AUGCGUCGACCACGCGAGAAGAUCUGCCAUCGGCCGACCAACACGUGCAACGUAGUUUUUUUAGUCGCUGAACCGCCGGACUAUCGGGUUGAGUUUCUUCAGCACAGAGUAACGACGGAGGACACAGGCAGUAAGAACGCCAAGAACCUUCUCGUUGGUGUUGCAGCUCUCCAUCUUGAGCUGGUAGCACGCUGCCCACAAGGUACGCUGGAGCCUCUCAAUCAACUCACGCGUGUCGGAUUCGAAGCUGGAGAAGUCUUGGGGCGGGACGGCAGCAGUGGGUUUGCAUCCUCUGAGAACCGUGGCGGUCAUGUGGUCAUCUCCGAUGGUGUUGGAUAA